ACUCUAAUGAGGCAAAUUACAUAACAUAGAGGCAGAAAAAUCCAAGGGAAAAGGCUGCUCCGAAGAAAAGCAGAGCAAAAGCACGAGCACAACAGGAGCAUAAAAGCCUUGUCGGUUAUCGCGCAAACGCACUCGAGUAGCCUCGCCUCACUCUGCACUUACCACUCACGUCCGGGUACAUUCCUCGCGUACAAGCUCACCUGCGCCAGCUAAACCGCAACGCCAAUGGAGCGGCAAGGGCCACGCACCAUGGCCAAGCAGCAGCAGCACUUCCUGAUCGUGACGUACCCGGCCCAGGGGCACAUCACCCCGGCGCGCCACCUCGCACACUGCCUCGCCAGCGCGGCCCCCGGCGCGCGCGCCACCGUCUGCACACCGCUCUCGGCAUUCCGGAGGAUGUACCCGGACGCCGCGGCGGGGGAGGAGAGGGGCGACGGAGACGAGCAGGUGGCGUACGUAGCCUACUCGGACGGCUACGACAGCGGGUUCGACAGCGCCGCGGACAGCUACGUACGGUACAUGGAGCAGGCCAGGAUGGCUGGAGCGCGCUCGCUGACAGGGGUGCUCCGCCGCCUCCGCGACGGCGGGCGCCCCGUCACGUGCGCGGUGUAUACGCUGCUCCUACCGUGGGUGGCGGCCGUCGCGCGGGACCACGGCGUGGCGGCGACGGCCGUGUUCUGGAUCCAGCCGGCCACCGCGCUCGCCGCGUACUACCACUACUUCCGCGGCCACGGGGAGGCCGUCGCGGCGGCCGCGGCGUCUGGGGACCCGCGCGCCGAGGUGCGCCUACCGGGCCUGCCGUCGCUCCAGGUCCGCGACCUGCCGUCCUUCCUCGCCAUCACCUCCGACGACGACCCCUUCGCCUUCGUCCUCCCGGAGUUCCGCGAGCUCAUCGACGCGCUCGAACAAGGCGGCUCCUCGAAGCCGCGGACUUAUGUCCUCGCCAACACGUUCGAUGCCAUGGAGCCCGACGCGCUAGCGUCGCUGAGGCCUCACGUCGACGUCUUCGCCGUCGGGCCCGUGCUCUCGUUCCUGCACGACGCCGACAACGCCAAGCGCACACUGUCUCCCCCUCGCGACCUCUUCGACCACGACGGGGAGGGCUACCUCGACUGGCUCCACACGAAGCCGGCAAAAUCGGUGGUGUACAUCUCCUUCGGGAGCUCGUCGGUGAUGUGCAAGAAGCAGGUCGCCGAGAUAGCCGACGCCAUGGCCCAGGUCAAGAAACCGUUCCUCUGGGUGCUAAGGAAAGACAACAGCAAAAACCACGAAGACGACGCGGCGAUCAAGAAACUGGCGGCGGCGGCGGCCGCCAUAGGUGACGGCUCGGGGAUGGUGGUGGACUGGUGCGACCAGGCGCGCGUGCUCGCGCACCCGUCCGUGGCGUGCUUCCUGACGCACUGCGGGUGGAACUCCGCGCUAGAGAGUGCGGCGUGCGGCGUGCCACUGGUCGCGGCGCCCCAGUACUCGGACCAGGGCACGGGCGCGUGGCUCGUGGAGCGGAUGGGUGUCGGCGUCCGCGCCGCUGCGCGCGAUGGGGAUGGCGUCGUGGAGGCCGGGGAGCUGAGGCGGUGCGUGGAGGCCGCCACGUCGGAGGCGGUUGCGGCGCGCGCCGCGGCGUGGAGUGAGAGCGCGAGGGCUGCCGUGGCCGACGGCGGGAGCUCAGACCAGAACCUCAGGGAGUUUCUCAGGCAAAUCGCCGCCGGUGGCAACUAGAAAUUAAAAAGAAAAAAGAAAACGUAGCUUGCUCCAGUAGUAGAAACAUCGGAUCGUCUCAUCCGGGUGCAAGGACAUCAUCUCUAGUGAAAUGAUCCAUAGUGUUUGAGUGACAUUUCAUCGUGAAAUUAGUAUGAUUUUGAAGUGAGAAUGAAACUUGCUGUAAGAUGCUGACCGA